UCAGAAGCUCUGCUUGUUUCGCCAAGUUUUAAAGAAUAAAAAAAUGGCUAUUGUUUAUAUUAUUUUUAUGUUUCUGGCAAUCACUUCACUGUCAGUUUGCCACCCAGCCGGAGAUGUCUUCCAGGGCUGUGACGACCAAGGGGAGGCCGAGAGGCUCAAAGAGUUAGUCCAGUGUAAGAAAAAGCAAUAUUCCGACUUUGAUAAAAUAGAAAGAUUACUGGGGUCUGCCGCUGUGUCCAGAGAUUUCUCCAUAGUUUGCAAUUCCAUGGAAAAAGAUUCUAAUUGCACAGAUGACUAUGCAACUUUGAAGUGCCUUCCAGAACAGCUGAAAUAUUCCUUUCAGUCUGCUGAUGAAGCUUUAAAGAAAGCAGUAAACUACAUGUGUGAGAACAACUAUGCUAACCUGGCAAAGUUUAUUGAUGGUGGUGCACCCAGCUGUUAUACCAAAGGCAAUGGAUCUAAUUUCGCAGACGGUUGUUUUGAAGACCUAAAUGCAGGAAGUAUGUUUGGUAACCAGCUGUUUUGUGCCAUAGCCGAUAGUCUUUCUAAAUGCCUGAAAAAUAAGCUGGGCAGAUGUACGCAGGACGUCCGAGAUGUCUUUGAAGGAUACAUUUUCAUUUACAAACAAGAACUCCGUUGUGAAGAGAAAGCAAAGUAACAUCUACCUGAUGUAGGAUUCGAUGUCGAAACCAACAGCUUUUACACCACGCAGUCAACUGACAUUAUAUUAGCACUUUUAUAAGAGCAUGAAGUUAUUUAGUUCCUAACGUAACAUGAUGAUAAAACUACAUAACACUUAUUGUAAUAUUGUAUAACUGUUAAUUCAGUUGGCUUCUUCAUUAACAAG